UAACAACUUAAAUCAAAGAAAAACUUGAUUGACUCUGAAAAUUCCAAUCAUGAGGGAGUGAUACCUAACUCCAAUAGAAGAUCCCAAAACCCUAACCAAUGUAUCUUCUGCUUUUAAUUAAAGAGAUUGCCAAUGUUAUAUAAUAUCAAAAAAUUAAAAGAGAAAUCAGGUUUAUUGCCAUGGACUGUCUUUCGGAGAUCUUCUGUUCCCAGAAAAUCAAAGAUCAUGAUAAGCAAUUGAUUCAAAUUCCCUCCGCUCCAUGCCAACCCCAUCAUCAAGAUCUGGUCAAAAAUGAUUCCAAUUAUAAAAAGAAGAGGCGGGCAAAUGAUAAAGAAAGAGAUUCUUUAACCAGAAAAAAUUUGGUUCAGACGAAAAUUUUGCAUAGAGAUAUUGAAAGGCAUAGAAGGCAAGAAAUGGCUACUGUUUAUGCUACUCUUAGAUCACAUCUUCCUUAUGAAUCUAUCAAGGGAAAGCGCUCACUAUCAGAUCAAAAAACUUGAAAUAAAGAGAAAAAAGCUUGAAAAUUUGGCCUUGUGUUCUCCCAAGGAUGAUAAAUGUUUUCGUGACUAUGUGACAAUAAACUCAUGCGACUGUGGUGUGGAGAUUUUGAUCAAUGAAAGGGUUCCCCUCUCAAGAGUGCUUAAAGAGCUGGUAAAGAGACAACUCAAUGUUGUUAGCUGUGUCUCAACCAAAGUAGAUGAAAGAUUACUCCAUAGGAUUCAGC